AUGCCUAAGAGCCGCUCGUCCAUACAAAAACUCUUAGACUACUUGGAGCGAGUAUUCGUAUCCAAGAAAGUUAGCGAGGAAGUGGGCCAAUGCACUAGCUGCUUCCGAAAGGUCCCAACGAGCAACUUAUUAACUGCUCCUUGUGCACACCAAUACUGCCCCUCGUGCCUCCGACGAAUGUCCUCAACAGCCUUGAAGAACCCGGACAUGUUCCCGGCAAAAUGUUGUUUUCAAGAGAUCCCCACCAAAGCACUCGUCGAGGUGAUGAGUCCUCGAAACAGAAAGCGUUAUAUCCUUCGAUGGGAGGAGAAUAACAUCCCUCCUCUAGAGCGCUUGUACUGUCCUCGGGCGAGGUGUAGCCGAUGGAUUCCCCCAAAGAGCACAGAGACACGGCUAGGAUACCGUGUCUGUCCUCAUUGCCGGGCAAAGGUUUGCUCCAAGUGUGGAGACUUAUUCCAUCUCGGUUGGUCAUGUAGCAGAGACUCUGAGAUAAAGGCGAUGCUGCAACUGGCAAAGGACAAUAAUUGGCAAAGAUGUUCCAAUUGUCUGUAUUUGGUUGAGAAGGUGGAUGGAUGUAACCACAUCGUUUGCAGGUGUGGGCAUCGAUUUUGUUAUCUUUGUGGCCAACGCGGCCGUUGCGGAUGUCCUGCACGUGGCGAAGAUGAAGACCUGGAUACAGAUGGGGAUAUUGAUGUCAAUACGCUGGCCGCUACAAUGGAGCAGGGAGAAUCGGCGGGUGAACCUUCUUGGUAG